UCCUCUGGUAGGUUCCACAAUGGUACAGGCAGCAUCACGCUGCACAAUGGUUUCCAGGCAGUGAAAGAGGGUGAUUCAGCAAGCCACUCUUCUUCUAUUUUCUUUAACCUCCCCUUCACUUUUUAUUUUUAUGGGGGUGGGUGGUGCUUGCUAUAUGCUUACCUUUUUCUUUUCUUUUUUCAUUUUUACAAAUUUCCUUUUUUGUCCUCACCCCUCAAUUCCUAGGGGCUUGAGUGAGUUUAAGAUUGGGUUUUCUUGGAAAUCACCUGUCCAUCGUUAAUUUUAAACAAUCUCCAUAUCUCCAAAGAAUCUCUUCCAUGUUAGUCUGGAAUGUGGUUAAUGAAAAACAAGUAGGGAGGAUUUCUGGGGCAAACACUGCCGGAUCAGGAUCGUAGUUCUCAGGCACGGAAUGGCUAGUGUGAGAAACACCAACGGCAGGCCCAUCUCAGAUCUUCACUAUGGCAACUUAUGCAAGAAACUGUUGAAUUAGACCCGUUUCCUAUAGAUGAGAAACCAUACAAGCUGUGGUAUUUAUGAGCCUCCAUUUCUUAUACUACUGCAGUGAACCAACAUUGGAUGUGAAAAUUGCCUUUUGUCAGGGAUUCGAUAAACAAGUGGAUGUGUCAUAUAUUGCCAAACAUUACAACAUGAGCAAAAGCAAAGUUGACAACCAGUUCUACAGUGUGGAAGUGGGAGACUCAACCUUCACAGUUCUCAAGCGCUACCAGAAUCUAAAGCCUAUUGGCUCUGGGGCUCAGGGCAUAGUUUGUGCCGCGUAUGAUGCUGUCCUUGACAGAAAUGUGGCCAUUAAGAAGCUCAGCAGACCCUUUCAGAACCAAACACAUGCCAAGAGAGCGUACCGGGAGCUGGUCCUCAUGAAGUGUGUGAACCAUAAAAACAUUAUUAGUUUAUUAAAUGUCUUCACACCCCAGAAAACGCUGGAGGACUUCCAAGAUGUUUACUUAGUAAUGGAACUGAUGGAUGCCAACUUAUGUCAAGUGAUUCAGAUGGAAUUAGACCAUGAGCGAAUGUCUUACCUGCUGUACCAAAUGUUGUGUGGCAUUAAGCACCUCCAUUCUGCUGGAAUUAUUCACAGGGAUUUAAAACCAAGUAACAUUGUAGUCAAGUCUGAUUGCACAUUGAAAAUCCUGGACUUUGGACUGGCCAGGACAGCAGGCACAAGCUUCAUGAUGACUCCAUAUGUGGUGACACGUUAUUACAGAGCCCCUGAGGUCAUCCUGGGGAUGGGCUACAAGGAGAACGGAGAGUAAAGAUAGAAGCAAAAAGUUGGGACUUCCUACCAACAACUGAGCAGUCAGAUAACCUCUCAAACUAUGACUAUCAGACACAAGGCUGAGGGCUGAUUCAAGUUAUUUAUCGGCAGAAGAAUUACACAAUUUUAAGCAUAUUGAAAUUAACAUUUAUUGGAAGAAAUAUCAAAGCUAAGUAUAUGCUAAUUGAUACCUUGACUACUUCCAGGACUCUGCAGAAAUUUCAAAAAACAAUCAGAGGUUCUCAUGUCUUUCACCUAGAAUUAUUCAGAGUAAUUUAUAUUAAAUUACUUUGAGGCUGAAAAAUGAUGUGAUAAUACUAUCAUAAUAAUCAACAUUUUUCUUCUUUCUUCACAGAACUUUUAAACUUGAACCCUAAGCAAAAAUAGUAAAAUGUCUUGACAAAUCAGAGAAUCUUAUGAAAUUGUCAUUGAUGACUGAAUUUUAACUACUUUCCCACAUUCAAACUAUCUUUGCAUUUUGAGAAACAUCGUGGGGGUUUCUUGGUGGUUGAUAUGAUCUAGAUGAUAUCACAGGGAAUUGUCUUGGUUACUAAAUAAGAAUGUUGGCAAAAUAAACAAAAUUGAACAAAAUAAAUAAUACAUAUUUGCUUUUCCACUUAUUAGUUUGCUAAUUACUUUAAUAUCCAGAGGAUCACUUCUUAAUACUUAUUUUUCUUGUGUAAAGUGUUUCUUAAUUAUGCAUACACUAUCAUACACUUAAUUUUCACUAUAGUUUUAUGAUUAAAACAUUUCAUAGCAUAUAUUUUUACAUAAUGUAGUUUAUUUGAACAUUAUAAUGCACAUUCAUAUUUAAAUAUAUUACUAAACAUUCUUUAAACAUUCUUAAACGCAUGCUGACUUUCAAGUUAGAGAGUAGUAAAUAGGCCAAGUCCAUUAUUUUUUUUAUGUAGUCCAAAGAAGAGAUAAAAGAAAUCAAUGACUUUAGCUUCACUCAGAUUUUGUUCCUUUCAAUAAAAUUUACAGAAAAGCAGCUUUACAAUGCUUCCUUAGAAGUUUUUUCUAAGAACUAUCCAGUCGUUCACUGCCUCCACCACCCCAAACCCCAACCAGGACAUGCCAUCUUGUUGAUUAUCAAAGACUCCUAUAGUCCCAGUAUAAUUUUCAUGAGUCCUUUCCUCAAACCUGCUUCUUUUAGAUACAUUCUUCAACCUUAUUUUUUCCAUUCUACUUCAAAUGAUAGCACCUUCUUUGAGCAAACCCUGUGAUGUUCCUUUAUCUAAGUUCUUGGCCAAUAUUCUCUGGAUAUAAAGUUAAAGACAGGCAUACUGCAUGCUUUUGAAAAUUCUAGACCUCAAGUAUAUUAUAUCCAAAGCUAACAGCUGGACUGCUAAAAUAGCUCCUCUUGCCUUUCCCUCUGAAGAACAGGAAAUUGCAGUUAGAAUGAAAGAGAUAUACAUAUAACCUUGCCAAGGAGCCAAGUUAUUAAGGAAUAGGUAAAUGGUUUUCCAAAAGUAUAUUUGAAGAAAUAAGAAAAACACCCUCGAAUUAACUGAAUGCUAUAUCUUUUCAAAGUUUGAAUAUGAACAUUAGGAAGGAUCAAAGUAAAAUGAACAAAAAUUUGUGGUUACAGAUUGUUAUAUCCAUCUAGCACAGAGAUAUUUUAAAAUUCUUCUUACCUCUUUGAAAUAAUAGUGCUUAAUUCCUAAUAAACUUUUGCAACUAACAACUUACUAUAUAGUCUAACUCUGUUUCUUAGAAUUAAGACAAUACAGGGUUAUUUCAAACAAUAUAAAAUUUAUGGCUUUAAAUAAAGUUAGGAUGAAACAAUUUAGUAGGCAUUCUUUCAAAUCUAUAAGCAAAUUGCAUGUAAUUAUAAAUAUUUAAAAAUAAAAUUAUUAUUUGAAUUUGUUUAAAAGAAUACAUUUUUACCACUAGUGUGCCUGCUAACUCUUCUCUUUUGUUAUUAUUUUAUGAAAAUGUGAGGCAGGGUUCACCAGAAUGGGAGCUGGAGAUUCUGAGGUUGUAAAGAAAUAAAAGCAAGUUUAAUAGGUAGACUCAAGGAGAAAGUCUUUUUCUGAUUUCCUGGCAUUACAAUAUUUAGCAUUAAGUUCUGUGAAUUGUUGCUUAUUUUUCUUACUUAGAUUCACAUGUGCAAAAUAUGUACAUUCUUAGUUUAUUUAUGUAUGUCAGUAGUCUUUUAGAAUUCUAUCUUUGAACUGAAGUUUAGUACAAGGUCCUUUUGUUAAAUAACUAAAUUUAUGACUUAGUUAACUAAUUUUAAAAGAAAUGUUCUAAUUUUGUAACUGCUAACUUUAUAACUUAUAAUUUUUAUAAAAUUAUAACAAAUAAUUUUCAAAGAAAUGUUCUGAUUUUAGAAAACUAUAUUAAAUCUUCUUGCUAUUGUGUGUUGAGUCAUUCAUUGAGAGAAAAUUUGUCUAAAUUCUACACUAAAUGAAAAUAUACUUAGGUGUGUUAAGGAGAAGUCUCAGAAAUUGUGAUAAAAGAGUUACGUAAUCCCCCAGAGAGGAAACAUUUUCCAGGAUAGAAGCUCACAUAGUCCAAAAAUUAUUUAAUUGUGGAUCAUAAUUUAAGCUAUUAGAUGGAGUGUGGAAGUAGCAAUAUAGUUCUUUAUUUAUUUAGAUUUAACUUCCAGGGCUUACAUUGUAUAAUUUCUAUCUCUUGGUUAGAAGUAGAAGAAAGAUAAUUUAUUAUAAGCUAAUUUCUGACAAAUAAUGUGACAUGAGAUUUUCAGAGGUUCUCACUCUGAAAAUUAACCAUAUUUUGGUAACACCAAAAUUUACUCAACAUUUCUUCUAAGGAAAGUGACUCAGCAUCUGAGUGUUACAGUUGCAAGUGAAUCUGCCUUCUGCCUGUGGGAAUGAUAGAAUGAUGAUGAAAGAAUGUGAUGAAUCAGAAUUUUAAAAGCCAACAGAAUUCUACCUUGGCAGCAUUAGUGUACAGAACUCUUACAGAGACCCAGAUGCUGUAUCAGAUUGUUUCAGAAAGCAUAAAAUGCAGUUUCCAACAGUGAUUGAAUUUGCUAAUUACUUCUAAGGUCUAUGCACAGUCCCUAUUCAUUGUAAUACCUGACAAUUUCAUAAAAUAAUCUAUUCUUAACUUGAUUAGCAAUAUAUAUAUAUCACUAAUAUAUUCAAAUACAUAUUGUAUUAGUAUGUUUAUGUAUCCUAAUGUAGAGAUAUUAGUAGAGGGAAGGCUUACUACUACUACCUUCCUGUUCAAUAAGAGUUGGUAUCAAAUUCUUUUAUUAUACAUUUUCUGUUAGUGGAGAUGGCAAAUUCAUGAAGUUUGGUACAAUGAGUUUAUCUUGAGCCAUAAUCCUGUCUUGAAUACAUAAAAAUCUAUAUAAAUUUAUGUGCAUAUAUUCAAUUUUUGUAAUUCAAGAUAACAGAGCUUAUCAUUUCUAGGCACAAGGCUUAGCAUUUUGGUAGCAUAGAUAUAAAUAUUCUCUAGGAAUAGUGAAUGGUGAGUAAAGUUAAAAUGGGAAUUAGAAAGAUUUCCAGGAUAUUAUCACCCAUAAAGAUAUAUUAAAAUAAAGAAAAUGAAAUUCAAUAUGUACAUCAGAAUUUCAGAUCUAGAGCCUACAUCUCUGCAUUAUUUUUAUGCAAAAGAUUUGUGAUCUAUUAAAUCUAUUUUGAGUUCUGCCCAUGAAGAUAUAUAUUUUAAAUAAAUAUUCUUCUUUUACAUUGGAGUAUCUCCCAGAUCCCCCACACCAAAAAGAGAACUGUGAGAUAUACCAGUUAUUAAUACCAGUUAUUAAAUCAACAACUGGGCCAGGCAUGGUGUCUCAUGCCUGUAAUCCCAGCACUUUGGGAGGCCGAGGUGGGCAGAUCACAAGGUCAGGAGAUCGAGACCCUCCUGGCCAACAUGGUGAAACCCCACCUCUACUAAAAAUACAAAAAUUAGCUGGGCGUGGUGGCGUGUGCCUGUAAUCUCAGCUACUAGGGAGGCUGAUGCAAGAGAAUCACUUGAACCCAGGGGGCAGAGGUUGCAGUGAGCCAAGAUCGCGCCACUGCAAUCCAGUCUAGUGACAGAGCUAGACACUGGCUCAAAGAAAAAAAAAAUUAACAACUGUAUAGAACCAACUGGUGCUAAAGCAACAUAGAGACCAGAAUUUAAUUUAGGCCAUCUGUUGUUAUUGUUGUUGCUGUUGUUUAAAGGCAUGUGAAGAACAGCAAAAAAAAAAAAAAAAAAUCAAGGGAUUUUAGCCUGAAAGAUAAAAUUGGCCAGUUUUAGGAGAGGAAUGGUUAGGGAUUACAGGUUAUAGUUACAUACUUUAAGGUUCUUAUUUGGAUGAGGAAACACAGUAGUUCCUGUUGACAUAGUGAAGAGAAGUUCCAUAGAGUCAAUGUGAGUCAAUAUGUAGGAUGCCUUUCUAAGUGGUUUCAACAAUAAAAUAGAUUGCCUAGUGAGUGGUGAGAUUCCUCCACUGGAAAGAUUUCUUUAUUAUAGAUGUAAAUAUGUAAUAUAAUUAUGUAAAUUUAAAAUAAAUAAACCUUUUCCAAAGAUAUUUAAUUCCCAAAUAUAAUUUUAAUAUAUUAUUUAAUACAUGAUGAUUUGAUACGUAAAUAAUAUUUAUUGGGGACUUGCUAUGUACCAGGCAGUUGUGCAAGGAUCUUUAUCAGACAUAACUUUUUCAAGUCUUUUAUAAAACUCUACAUAAUAAAUACAGCUUAUCAUCAAUAUUUUAGGGGAUAAAAUUAAGGUUUAGAGAGAAGUAACCUGGCCAAGGUCACAUAGUUGGAAAGUAAUAGAAUUGGUUCUCUAGCAGAAAAAGAUGAAUAUAUUGCCAGAGAUAUUGUAAAAAACAAUUUUAUACUAAAUGAGAAAUAGAAAUAGAUGUUUCCUAAGUCCCAGACAGGUUAAUGGCAGAAACCAUUUUUUUUCUAAACAUUUGAAUAGAGACAGGCAAGAGAAAACACUGCAUAUUGAGAUUUUUGGUCUCAAUGUUUUUUGUAUAUCUCUUCCACAAUAUCUAUAAAAUAUAGAUAAUCCAUAAAUAGCAAUUUAGUCAAACUGGUCUCUUUGGACAGUAUAAUAGGAAUACUUGGAAUUUAAAAAUAAAUAUGUUUUCCAUUUUUUUCUUUAAUCAAAGAUUUCUCAAUACCACCCUGUUGUGAGACAGAUAUUACUUGAAAAUACAAACACGUUAAUAAUAAGGGGAUGCACAACUGUUUGCUCUAUCUUUCCCUGAUAUUUCUGCAUGUCAGUUGCUUUCCUAAACUGGAAGCAAAACAAAUUUGCUUCUUUGGGUAUGCUUAUCACCUUCAAAGCCGUAACCAUUUCUUUGCAGUGAUCACUUUGUUUAGGUGUUAAAUCAAACAAUGGAAACUUUGAGUUUAACCCGAGUGAGAUUUUCACAUUGGAAUGAAUCUCAUGAGGAUCUCUUUAAGGUCACUGCCAAAUUACAAGAUGUAAUUUGAAAAGUAAGUGGAGCAAAAUUAUAUUGUGCUGCUAUCUUAAUGCCUUUCCCUAUUUGCUCCCCCCCAGCAUCCCUAAUUGUUUUGUUUAUUUUUCCCCCAACAAGAAUGCCCUCUCUUUCUGAUUUUUAAGUACAACAAGUGAGUAACCAAGUGUAGUUCAAGAGAGAGAUUUCACUUUCUUGCUUCACCCUUCCCCAUUUUGCCCCUCCCUGUGUGCGCUCUGCCCUGGCUUCCUGGUUUUAAGUUCUGGAUGAUACUUGGCAAUAACAGAGAGACCAUUAUAAUUCCACCUUGAAUUCCAGGUUUCUUUUGAUUCACAGUCUCAGAAGAAGUAUCAGUUCUUUAGUCAUGUUGUUUAUUUCACAUUGAGCGAUCCCAUUUUGAAAGCCAGCGUUUCUUAUCAUUAUAAGGCAACUGUGUUUAUAAGAAUAAGACAAGGCUUCCUGCUGAGAAACAUGCUCCUUUGAUGAGAGUCAAUGACACUAAGACAACAUAUUCUGAAACAUUCAUUCUUGAACUGGCUUUUCACUUCUGGAACUGUAUUUAUAUUUAUAAAUAAGGGUAAAUGUGUUUUAUAAAAGAAACUCUUUUGAGGUUGCUGGCAGCUCAGCUUUUCUUUUUUCUUUUUUUCAAAUAUGUAUACAAGAGUAAAAAGGAAACUGAUUUGCAUAUUAACACUAUCUAGAAUAAUUUAUGAUAAAAAUCAGUAGGAUUCUAGUAAAUGAAUGCAAAUUAGACCUUUUAAAUUAAAACCUAAAUUAAUCAUUGAGUUAUAAUUGCAAAGUAAUAUUAUUCUACAUUAGGUAGCAUUGGGUAGUGUUGUUAUUUCAGUUAUAUGACAGAAAAGGGCCUUGACAGCCUAUGUUCUCCCCUUUACACCAUUUAAAAUACUAAUGAUCAUGCCACUGGCCUCUCACCCAGUCAGUGAAAAGUCAGACUAUUGCUCUAUGGCAUGAGUAGCCCAGUGUUUUCAUUUAUUUGUUGUUCUAUUCCUGUGUUCUUGUUUAUCUUCAUUUCAUUUUUGU